GACGAGCCUUUGUGAAGAUUCCCUUUUUGCCGAGGACGUGUCGCAAUACACCCUGAGAAGGAAAGUGUCCACGGGGGAUUUCCCCGACGUUUUUGGAAAGCCCGGCUCGGUGCACGUGGGAGGAGCGUGCGCAUUUAAACGGCUCCAUGCGGCUCAGAGCUCAGUCGGUUGUCAGUGCUCCGCUUGGCUCCGGGAUGAAGCUUGAUCUCCAGACGGUCUGCCAGCUGUCCACCCUGAGCCUCUGCUCCCUGCUCAUCGCAGUGUCAGACAGCACGCACGUCCCAGGAAGGUGUAUGUGUCCGGGCACACAGGUCGGUGUCCGAGGACAGCUGAAGACCCUCCGCGUAUUCGUCAAAGGCCCCAACUGUGGCAGAGACACGGUCAUAGUGACGUUGAAGAACGGCGAGGCGGUGUGUUUGAAUCCAGACCGGCCGAUGGGAAAGCAGCUCAUUCGCUGCUGGAAGAGGGCCACCAAGCUGGGUCGUGAUGUGAGCCGGUGCUUGACGAGGAGGCAAGGUCAGCGGCACCAGCGGGUUGCGCAGAGGAGCGGGGCCGGAACAAGGGCACAGACUCCUCCUAGUCCGACAGACGGGGAGGAAAGGGAACACCACUGCAGGGCGAGAAGUACUCGCAUCCCCGUUUCCCCAACUCCCCCCGGGACCCCGGACGAGAAGCCGUCGGAGGGAACCGCGGGCAAAGAAGUUCUCUUUACGCAACCCAUCACCCGCCCCAUAGGGUAGUCCGCUCUCUGGCACUGUUGUCUUGACCAUAAAUGAAGUCCCCCCCCCCCCUGGCAGAACGUUGGACUUGUUCUGUAUCACGACUGAGAUAGUGUGUCACAUGGAGCCGUGGAGGCUUCUUUAAAAAAAAAAAAAAAGGCCAGUACGGUUUCUAACGGUGUCAGAACGGUCCAAAAAGCUAUUGGAGCGGUUUCCCUGUACAGCUUUAACUACAGUAGCGUCACUGAUUAUUUAUUUUUAUAUGAGCGUGUACAUAUUUUGUUUGUUGCCGUUUUGGAAUCAAUGUAUCCAUGUUGCCAUUCUGGAAUAAAUGUAUCCAUGUUGCCGUUCUGGAAUAAAUGUAUCCAUGUUGCCGUUCUGGAAUAAAUGUAUCCAUGUUGCCGUUUUGGAAUAAAUGUAUCCAUGUUGCCGUUUUGGAAUCAAUGUAUCCAUGUUGCUCUUUUGUAAUAAAUGUAUCCAAACGGAG